AUGUUGCAAUCCGAAAAUGAUGUGCUGGUGGCUGCGCCAGCGCCAGCGGCCGCAACGGUACCCCGCAAGAGAGGCCGGCCACGAACCCUGACGGACGAUCAACAGAUACCAGAAAGACGACGAAAGCAGCUUCGUCUCGCUCAACAGGCAUAUCGAAAGAGAAAGGAGACGACGAUCAACAACCUCCAGUCGCGCGUUCACGAACUCGAAUCAGGUAUUGAGGCGCUCGGCAAAUCGUUCCUCUCUUUCAGCAAUUUGCUCCUCGAUGCCCAAGUUCUCCAUGAGAACCCGCAGAUCGCCGCAGCUCUCCAAGAGAUCACCAAGCAAUGUGUCUCGCUGGCCCAGGUGGACCAGGAUCCGCCCGACUCGGAGGCUUCCGUUGUACGAUCCGACACAACAUCCACGUCGCCAUCGCGGGAGCCGAGAGAGAAUCUGCAGAUCAUAAGCACAGGCUCAGGGUCCCAUGUCUCACAGUGUGACAUAUCAACAUUCAACACUAUCUACCAGCCGUCUGAAGUACACCAGGAAUUGUCGACGUUCCAAAACUUGCCGCUCACACCACCUUGUCCACCAGAGACUGUUCUCCCUUUCGGUCUAGUCCUGACAUCUCCGAACAUAAGCCACCAAAUGCCUCAUUUCGUGUCUGAUAGCUACUCGACGAGCGUGGCGGGCGGAGCCAUCCUCGAGGGGGGCUUCUUGGACACUUGCGCAGCGUCUAUUCAAGCUAUUUUUGGAAAGCCGCUGACCAACUUUGAGCGCAAUACCUUGAUCUCGGAGUUCUUCGCAGCUACGCAAGACCACUUCGGCGAUAUUGUCGAGUUCAAGUCACGAGUCUUCAGCGUUGACCAUCGCUGGCGCAAUGACUGCUCACCGAGUCUGGAAGCAACGUCGUCUGGUAUGUGGCAAAAGGUUCAGGAAAAGGGCAUCGAUGAAUGGAUCGAUGCGAAUGAAAUACAAAGGUUCUUGCAAGAGAGAGGUGUCCGUACCCAGGACAUCAGUCAUUCUGCUUCGACCAUGCCUCCUCACGGUGGUCAAUAUCAUUACGCCCUGCAGCUCAAUAUCUCAAGGUUUGUUGAUUUUCUGUGCCAUCUUGGCGCCAACUGUCUCGGUCGCGGACCGAUAUUCCAAAGAAGCAACGUAGAGCGGGCGCUCCAAAUGACAAUUAGUGAGCUUCCGUGGGGAGCCGAUGCUGGAGUCUUCGCAGCUCAUGUCCAUGGAAGGGCGAUGAACACCAACCGACACAACGUCACCGCCCCGGACAAGGCUUGGUUCUAUUGA